AGGAGGCGUUGUUCGUGUUCUCAGAAGUAGUUUGCAUGAAAACACACAAACACAUUAUCGUCAGUAUUGAUCCGGACAGAGUGUGUGUGCAGCAGUGUGUGUGUUGAUGACACGUAUUAGCCCUUUUAUUAGCUGAGUUAAUUAGCCUGAGACGAAGAGUUAAAACCCGUCGCCCGUGGACAUGAAGAAGCUCGCGCUGCUGCUGCUCGUGCUGCUCGGCGUUGCACAUUUUGCGACCCUCAGCCGAUGUGAAGAUGAUGUUACAGAGGAGAAGCAGGAAGCUGACGAAGAGGACAGUGAUGACGAGGAGGAGGAGGAUGAUGAAGAUGACACGGAGGUGAAGGAAGAGAAUGGCGUGACGGUUCUCAAAAACAACAACUUCGACACUUUCAUGGAGGGCAAAGACACAGUGCUAGUGGAGUUUUAUGCUCCAUGGUGUGGCCACUGCAAACAGUUUGCCUCAGAGUAUGAGAAAAUCGCUCAAGCUCUGAAGGAGAAUGACCCUCCGAUUCAUGUAGCCAAAGUGGACGCAACAGUAGCCAAUGAAAUCGCGACCAAGUUUGAAGUGUCGGGCUAUCCCACCUUCAAGAUCAUGAAGAACGGUGAAGCUGUGGACUACGAUGGAGAGAGGACAGAGAAGGCUAUUGUGGCUCGGGUGAAAGAGGUGGCACAGCCAGAUUGGAAACCCCCCCCUGAGGCGACGCUGGUUCUCACAAAGGACAACUUUGAUGAGAUUGUGAACAACGCAGACAUCAUCCUGGUGGAGUUCUACGCCCCAUGGUGCGGACACUGUAAGAGUUUGGCCCCAGAGUACGAGAAGGCAGCGAAGGAUCUGAGUCAGCGCUCUCCUCCCAUCCCUCUGGCCAAGGUGGACGGCACCAUCGAGAGCGAGCUGGCGUCACGCUUUGACGUGACGGGAUACCCCACCAUCAAGAUCUUCAGGAGGGGCAAGAUGUUCGACUUCAACGGACCCCGACAGCACCAAGGCAUUGUUGAUUACAUGGGCGAGCAGGCGGGGCCUCCCUCUAAGCAGGUCCAGGCAGUCAAGCAGGUGCAGGAUCUCAUCAAAGAUGGCGACGAUGCCGUUAUAGUCGGCGUGUUCUCCAGUGAACAGGAUGCAGCUUACGAGAUCUACAUCGAAGCCUGUAAUUCACUGAGGGAAGACUUCACCUUCCGUCACUCCUUCAGCUCCGAAGUGACCAAACUGCUCAAAGCCUCGCCCGGUCAGAUCGUCAUCUCUCAUCCCGAAAAGUUCCGCUCUAAAUACGAGCCAGCGUCACACACACUCGCAGUGGAGGACUCCACGGCGGUGUCGGAGGUGCAGGAGUUCUUCAAAAAGCACGUGAUUCCCCUGGUGGGCCACAGAAAACCAGCCAAUGAUGCCAAGCGCUACACCAAGAGACCCCUGGUGGUGGUUUACUAUGGAGUCGACUUCAGCUUUGACUUCAGGAAAGCCACGCAGUUCUGGAGGUCCAAGGUGCUCGAGGUGGCCAAAGACUUCCCCGAGUACACGUUUGCUAUCGGCGAUGAGGAGGACUACGCAGAGGAGCUGAAGAGCCUCGGCCUCAGCGACAGCGGAGAGGAAGUGAACGUGGGGAUUCUGGCCGAUGGGGGCAAAAAGUUCGCCAUGGAUCCAGAAGAGUUUGACGCUGACGUGCUGGGAGACUUUGUGAAGGCUUUCAAGAAAGGAAAGCUAAGCCCCAUCAUUAAGUCCCAGCCGCUGCCAAAGAACAACAAAGGACCCGUUAAGGUCGUGGUCGGGAAAACCUUUGAUGAAAUCGUCAUGGAUACCCAGAAGGAUGUCCUGAUUGAGUUUUACGCGCCCUGGUGUGGCCACUGCAAGAAACUGGAGCCAGAUUAUGUGGCUCUGGGCAAGAAGUACAAGGGGGAGAAGAACCUGGUGAUCGCCAAGAUGGACGCCACGGCCAACGACGUGCCAAACGAGAACUACAAAACGGAAGGGUUCCCUACGAUAUACUUGGCCCCAAGCAACAGCAAGCAGAGCCCCAUUAAAUUUGAAGGGGGAGACAGAACUCUAGAGGGCUUCAGCAAUUUCUUGGAAAAGCACGCCACAAAGCUAUCUCAGAAAAGAGACGAACUUUGAAAGCCUCUAGCUAAGAACUCUCAAUGCAGCGGAGAUACAAACGGUGUUACUGAGAUGCUGCGAUGAUUACAGUUCAAUCAUAUUUUUUUGUUUUGUUUUCUGUUCAUUCCAAGGGAUUCAGCUUUCCUAUGUUUCUGAAAAAAAGCAUGUAAGCACUGUUGAGGAUUUCCAUCUUUUUAAAUAAAAUAAUGGCAGCUCUGAAGGCCAGCACUCA